UGGUAGAUAAUUUUGGCUUUGUAGGGUUUCGGCAACAUCCGAAUGCUCUCAAGGUUUUCUGCACUUGUGCUGUACCAAACGCAAAAGCGUCAAGUACAUCAGAAGGUUAAGGAAUCAAGGAAUAGUGUUAAAAUGAACCCUUGCAAGCAGUGUGAAGGCCGUGGCCUCCAAUUGAAAGUACAAUCACCAAACUCCUUAAGGAUAAUCGUUGUGAUCCUCUUUCGCAUAUUGUUUGCGGAGCCCGCUUCUCUGAGUAUGACCUACGUGACGCAGAACACUAGAAAAGCGCGGUAGGAUCCUCGAAUUACGGGUCAUAAAUUUCUAACUGCUCAUACAUCAACUUUGUUAGAGCCACGUCUGAUUGAUGUUAUACUGCCAACCCUUGAUGAAGGGGACGUGGGUAGUGUGUACUAUGGGCCGAACCAUCCAAUGAAGCCCCAUCGGUUGUGUAUGACAAACAGUCUCGUCCUUGCUUAUGGACUUCACAACAAGAUGGAGAUUUAUCGACCCCACAAAGCCUACCCAGUGGAACUCGCGCAGUUUCACUCUGUUGACUAUGUUGAGUUUCUCGGCCGAAUUACUCCUGAAUCUCAGGAAAAGUAUGCAGCGGAGUUGAUAAGAUAUAACAUGGGGGAGGAUUGCCCUGUUUUUGACAACCUUUUUGAAUUUUGUCAAAUUUAUGCUGGGGGUACUAUUGAUGCCGCGCAUCGUCUGAACCAUGGCUUAUGUGACAUAGCCAUCAACUGGGCUGGAGGUUUACAUCAUGCAAAGAAGUGUGAAGCCUCUGGAUUUUGUUACGUGAAUGACCUAGUUUUGGGCAUUUUAGAACUUUUGAAGUAUCACGCUCGCGUGCUAUAUAUUGACAUAGAUAUUCACCAUGGAGACGGAGUAGAAGAAGCGUUUUAUCUUACUGACAGAGUAAUGACCGUUAGUUUUCAUAAAUUUGGAGACUACUUCUUCCCAGGCACUGGGGAUGUAAAGGACGUUGGAGAGAGAGAAGGAAAAUAUUAUGCAAUCAACGUGCCGCUAAAAGAUGGCAUUGAUGACGCAAAUUUCAUACGGAUGUUUCGCGUGGUAAUCCAAAAGGUUGUGGAAGUUUAUCAACCUGGUGCCAUUGUUCUGCAAUGUGGAGCUGACUCACUUGCAGGGGAUCGUUUAGGCUGCUUCAAUCUUUCCAUUGAUGGACACUCGGAAUGUGUGAAGUUUGUGAAGAAGUUCAACAUACCCCUUCUGGUGACAGGUGGGGGAGGAUACACCAAGGAGAAUGUCGCACGCUGUUGGACAGUGGAGACUGGUGUUCUUGUGGAUACUGAGCUGCCGAAUGAAAUUCCUGACAAUGACUACCUGAAGUAUUUCAAACCAGAUUGCACUUUGAAGACCACAUCAGGAAAUCACAUGGAAAACUUGAACGGUAAGACCUACCUGAGCACUAUCAAGCAGCAGGUUAUGGAGAACUUACGGAGAAUUGCUCAUGCACCUAGUGUUCAAAUGCACGAGGUACCUCCGGACACUUAUAUACCAGAGUUUGAUGAGGAUGAAUUGAAUCCUGACGAGCGCAUGGACCAACACACACAGGACAAGCACAUCCAAAGGGAGGAGGAGUAUUAUGAAGAUGACAACGACAACGACCAUGACAUGGAUGACUCAUGACUGUUUAUUAGAUGUUUUUAGAAGAUAACUGAAAACAUGUCCUCAUUUGUACACUAGAUUUUACCCCUACUAACACAUUGAAUGAAAGAGUUGGUUAGUUUUUUAGUCAUUCUGUUUUAUGAUAUUAUGUGAAACUCUUGGAUGAGUUGUGGUUUUGUUUUACUGCUACAGGAAGCAUCUGGCUUGUUAUGAA